AUGGGUCAGAUAAUUUUAAAAGGUAAUUCAGUUUUUAUGAAAGACCAGGUACUGUAUUUAAAGGAUAAGCAUGGUCGUCUAGCAACCAAGGAAAAAGCGAAGAAAAACUGGUUGUAUGAACUGCAGCUGAAGAUCUUGCAUAAAAGGUGUUUGAAGCAAGAUAUGACUAGCAAGAGCUUGGAUAACUCCAUGAUGAGAAAUAUACAUCUCGUAGUCUUCAUAUCCUUCAUACUUGAGCCAAUUUUGAUAUCUUUUGACAGCUCUCAGGAAUGUUUCAAGUCUUCAUGGAGCUCGCACAAAUCAGUGCAUCUGAAGGCAAAGUUAUCCUCACCUGACACACAAAAUUCAGGCUCACUCAGUGAAGGUUGGUUAUAUUGUUUGAAGAGUGGGCAGGCUUGGACACCAAAGCUUCCUUACUUUGAUUGGACCGGAUCGCUGCGGCCGUCUCCGAUUUCUAAUAAACGGAUUGUCCCAUGUCAUAUUGAUAAACCUGAUUGGGCUGAUGAUGGAAUUCCAAUAAUUGAGCCCAAUAGUGUUCUGCAGUAUACCGUUGAGGUCAAAACUCCAGAUCAAAUCGAGAGAAUGAGGGAAACUUGUCAUAUUGCAAGGGAGGUAUUGGAUGAAGCUGCUAGGAUUAUUCAGCCUGGUGUGACAACUGAUGAGAUUGAUAAAGUUGUUCAUGAGGCAACUAUUGCUGCAGGAGGGUAUCCAUCACCUCUCAAUUAUAAUUUCUUCCCUAAAUCUUGCUGCACUUCAGUUAAUGAAGUAAUCUGCCAUGGAAUUCCUGACGCAAGGAAGCUUGAGGAUGGUGACAUUGUAAAUGUUGAUGUCUCUGUGUACUAUAAAGGUGUUCAUGCUGAUCUCAAUGAAACAUACUUUGUGGGAAACGUUGAUGAAGAGUCUUGCCAAUUAGUAAAAUGCACAUAUGAGUGCCUGGAGAAGGCAAUAUCCAUUGGUAUACAUCCAUUGCCAAUUCUAUCAUAUUGUGGUCAUGGAAUUGGAGAGCUCUUCCAUUGUGCACCAUACAUUCCUCAUUAUGCAAGAAAUAAAGCAGUUGGUGUGAUGAAGGCUGGACAGACCUUUACAAUUGAACCAAUGAUCAAUGCUGGUGUCUGGCGUGAUCGAAUGUGGCCUGAUGGAUGGACUGUUGUUACAACCGAUGGUAAACGAAGUGCUCAAUUUGAGCAUACUCUGCUGGUGACAGAUACUGGUGUUGAAGUUUUAACAGGGAGGUUGCAGACAUCACCCAAUGUUUUUCCUUGGCUAAAUUCAUAAUUGGGUGAAUCAAUAUGGUGAUAGAGUCUGCCAUUUUCUAAAAUUACCAUAAAUUAACUGGGCAACAUUUAUUUGCUCUAUUUCCAUGGUUGCCUCUUUUGGGUAUCAUGUUUGUAAGGUAUACAAAAAAAGAUAAAUAAAACAUAAGAAAAAUUUAAUUGAGUUGAGGUGUAAAGUGUGAUCAAUGACAUGUUUGUGCAAUUUAAGGAAAGAUUAAUUUUAAUAAUUUUGCCUUA